CUGCCUUAAUACCCUGAACCCCAAUGAUCCUUCAGCAGCCCCUGGAGCGGGGCCCCCCASGUCGGGCCCUUCACGAUCCACGGACCGCCUCAGGGGCGACUCGAGGCCAGGACGCCAGCUCCCCUCUCCGAGGAGCUAUGCCCAUGAGCACCAAGCGGCGCCUGGAGGAGGAGCAGGAGCCCUUACGAAAGCAGUUUCUGUCUGAGGAGAACAUGGCCACCCACUUCUCUCGACUGAGCCUACAUAAUGACCACCCUUACUGCAGCCCCCCCAUGGCUUUUCCACCUGCCCUGCCCUCACUGAGGAGUCCUUGCUCAGAACUACUUCUCUGGCGCUAUCCUGGGAAUUUAAUCCCUGAGACUCUUCGGCUGCUCAGGCUGGGGGAUACUCCUAGUCCCCACUAUCCUGCAACCCCAGCUGGGGACAUAAUGGACCUCUGAGCAAUAGUGGGCAACAUCAUUCCCCAUGUCUUUCCCUAGAGGAGACUGCAACCCUCAGGAAGGGACAAGGUGCUUGCUUGUUUAUCUUCCUCCAGAUUGGUGUUUGGGUAACAGGACCUUCCCUCAAGAGAGGAGGACACUGAACUCAAUGGGACCUUGGGAUGGGAGGGCAGCAGCAGGGGAAGGGGAUGUAUGCCCUGAAAAAGGGAAUUAAAAAUUGCUGAACAAUUGAA